AUGUCAGUUUUUAUCAGAACCAAAGUAAAAGAGGAAGAAAAUUCAGUAGAUUACAAUAACAAUGAAAAAAGUGAAACAAGUUCGAACACGAGUUCGAAUCCCCUCAAUAAAUCUGUGCGUUUAAGCUUAAACAAACCGAAAGAAUGGAAAUGGGAGUUAUCCACGUCGAAAUCUUCGCCUCACAUUGCUUUUCCCUUGAUUCAGCUUUACGAUUCGGGAACUGGAAAUCUUCUUGUGGAAGCUGACGACGACGAAUGUGUCUUCCAAGGGAAUGAACAGCUGGAGAAAGCAACUGUUAAAGGAGUUGAUGUUCCAGUUGACCAUUUUCGACCUCGAGCGAAGACAAUUCACGAGUCUUUGAGAGAAAGUAAGAGCAGCAAGUUAGAGGUUCCGUUAUCGCGAAGUAAAAGCGGAAGUUCGAGAAAAAGUUUACUCGAAGCGAUUGAAAAAGAUGUCGUGAAUAAGUUUGUGGAGCAGUUAAAGGAACAGGGAAUUCGUUGCAAUGUCAGAAGUCGAAGUGUGAGUAAAGCUCGAUCGAUAGUUGACGAACCGAUUGUCGAAGAAGAGCCAAAAGUCGUUUCGAACUUGAACAAGGAAAAGACUCCUGAUCUACUGAGAGUUCCAAAUGCCUUGAACAAAAGUAAAAGUGCAGCUGAAAUUCCUCGAAAGCACAAAAAGUAUUCUCGAAGCUCUUCUUCCGUGAGAUUUACUUCGUCCUUUUUGCAACGAGUCAGUGAGUGUCGAGACGAUUCCUCGAGUACAAGUGACUCAGAAUUGCUCGAAGAAGCAAGACAGAGUAAACGUUACUAUUAUCGUUCGAGCAAAGCAGGUACCUUGCUUCUAUGCGAAGAUAGCUUCAACAAUAAGAAAAAACGACGAGAAAAUGGAGGAGAGGAAAAAAAGUAG